GCAAUUUUGGCCCGUAACUGCAUCCUCAUCGAGGGAACAGAUGUAGAAGCUGAAUCGGAUGAUAUGACGACUUAUACACGGCUAGAUGACUCGGCAGAUGUCUUCGAGGAUUUUGUCAAUCUUCUUUACGAUCCAUUCAAUUCUCCCCUUUUCCCCACUCAGGGAACCCAAGUCCAACUCAAACCGGUCCUCCACAUUCUCCAAAUCGCAUACAAAUAUCAUGCCAAAGAUAUCGAGAAACGCGCUUCGGCUAUUGCUGAGGAACUGACCCAGCCAAGAAAUCUCCCAUCCCACUUGGGAAUAUCGCUCACGUGCAUCGACAUCUUCCGGAUUGCGAUCAACGUCAAGCGGAUAAUCAUCGCAGAGAAUGCAUGGAAGGUGAUGGUGACUAGGUUCUUGAGUGGUGAACUUGAUUCCCGAUCCUUGCUUGAUGAAGCUAUGGGUCAGCCACGAUUCUUGGGGUCGGCGUAUUACAUCGUCAUGCUCGGAGGACCACAUAAAUGGCGCGAAGAUCCAAAACUCAGUAUAGAUGAAGUUUCUAGACUGAGCCAAGCGUUCCAAUACUGCAUGGAAGAAUGGGACGGUUUUGUGUCGCGCGUCGCUCAAAGCAAUCUUGAUAUUCCGAAGCGUCUGGCACGUCACCGAGUGCCGGCCCACCCAUGCCCAGAAGAUCGCAAUACACAUGCCCAGACCCCUGCAGUGAGAGCGCUGGUACGAACACAAACCCGAACACCCAGUCCGAAUGCGUGUCUAACCAUCAUGGACGCUCUUGAGGAAGUUCCAAUUGACAAGUACCAGAAGCAUUGUGGUCUGCGUGCAUGGGAUCUACUGGGAAAACUAACGGAGAUCAGUCGAGGCUGGCAAUACUCGCACAUUCCGGAUUUGGCGCAGUGCGCCAAAAAUACAUUGGCUGCCAUCGAGGCGGAGAUGCCCACAUAUUUCGCUUUGGAUGACGACACAUUUAUUGAUUCACAACUUUCUUUUUCUGCAGAGCGCAUCACCUAUUACAUUGGAUUUUGAGUUGAUUUCGUUCGAGGUGGAAGCCCGUCUGCCGAUUGCUAUAAUUUGCAUUGUGUUGUUCCUAUGUCGGUGCCGAUACCGCCCAGGGCCCUGCCGUACCAUAUCAGUAGGAGCAUUGGAUCAAUCUUGGCUCCGAAGAUUUUGUGUAGGAUUGCUCACUGGUACAGCAAUUACAUAAAUAAAGCCCUUCGGACUUCACUG